AGGAGUUUCACUCUGAGAUCGUCAUGGUCAUCAUCUCACACUGGUGUUAACCACAGACCUGGUUGGCUCUUAGAGCAGCUUCCUCUUAGACACUGACCACACGGAUCUGCUCGGUCCUUUUUUUUUUAUUCUGCCCUCCUCGGCAGCCCAUGCACGGCUGCAGCCGCACAGCCACAUCCAGGUUUUAAUCAUCAGACAAUCGUCAGACACCGGCCGCUGUUUGCUGAGCAGAUGUUGGGAGAUAAAGCUCACGGUAAGUCUGUCCGCGCGUUUGGCACAGUGUCUUCACAGCUCUAUAUAUGACCAGGAUAUCAAUGAAAGUUGAUUCCGUUCAUCCACAGAUUUAAGUAGAUUAUGAUAAAUAAAAAAGUAAUGAUUGCAGUAAUGAUAGAGAUGAUUUACUUGUUGUUCAGGCCUGAUUGUCUGAACUCACGACUGUCAAAAAAAUGGAUAAAUUACCGGUGGAUCAGCGCAGGAAGGCCAAUUUGAGAGAAUAAAUCAAAGCAAACAAGAAAAAAUGUUUAUUUUUCCAAGUGCGAAUUAAUUCAAAAUAUUGUCAUAAUUAUAGGAUUUACAUCACUAAACGAAAAUAUACAAAAUAUAGAGAAAUCUACAUUUAUGAAGCAGAUAAUUUUGUAUGUUUUAGUAUCGCUUGGAUGUUUUAACAACUUGUAGCGCACAAACAAAACAAGAAUUUCCAAGAGAAUAAAAAAAUGCAAUCUAAAAGUAACCCUAGAAAUAACGGGAUUAUAAUUUAGAUUAUUUGACUGAUCAUAGUGCCAUCUGUGUGGCUUUACAUGUGCUAAAACGCGCAUUACGCACGGACUGCUCCACCGGGCGGCGGCACUUGACGCCCUCAUGGAGCUCAAAUCUGCCACUUUAUUUAUCAUAUCCACCCUGUUUAUCAGCUCAGGUCAUUUACUCUCUUAUUAUUCAUUAUGAUGCACCAAAACACUGAGUUUCACGCGGGCUCGUCCCUUCCUCGUUGACAGGACAUCGAGCAGAGGUAUGGCGCCUCAGCGUGAUUAUUUCAGCCGCCUCUGCUACAUUUACAUCAAGAGAGAAAGAGAGCGAGAGUAAUUUUUUUGUCUUUGAAAAGUAUCUCUGCUACUAAAAGUGGAAGAAAAGCUCUCCUUGGGACUGUCUUAAGGUGUUAAAUUUAUUCUAUGUUUUAUAAGACUUCGGGUGAAUUUAAAUAAAGGAUUCCACUAAAAAACAAAAAAUAAAAUAAGUAAUAAUAGAUGUUAAAGCGACAUAAACUAACACCUUCGCUGACUUUCGCAUUCGUUAAAAAAUAAUUAAAAAAAAGAUCAAACAAUGGCUUUUAUUUCUAAAAAAGAAAAAAAAAGCUCAGUUUAUCUGCCCCCCGAAUAUAAGCAGUCAGUUUAGUGUUAAUGUACAGAAAAAAAAAAUGUGAUUAUUAAACUAUUUCGUUGUGGACUUCAUGUCCAGACUUGUCUUUUUUUGCUUGCUGUUGUUCUUUAUAAUGCCGUGCAACAACUGUGCGAAAAUCGAGUUUUCAUCCACCCUAUAUGGGAAAAAUCCAAAGCUGAUAAUCUUGUAUUACGGGUGUGUAAACAAAAGAAAAACGAUUUCAGUUGCAUUUAUUUUCAGCCAAAUGUCAUAAUUUUAUUGGACGCAGUAGUAAACCAUAUUAUGCAACCAGACAGAGACAGAGUGGCCCAUAAAUCAAAGAAAUUCGAUACAGUCAAUGAGUUUUCAGUGAAAUAUUCAUACAACAGUCUGGGGUUCAACAAUGAAUCCUGAAUUUAUAGACAUUAUUAUAAACAUUUGUAAUAACGACAUUGUGAAAAUGGAAAUUAUUAACAGACUGUUUUAAUGCAGUUACGCUCACAUUUUGUCAAAUGUGCCAGUAAAAUGGAGGCCAUGAUAUAAAAAUAAAGUUUAACCAGCUGUCAGCUAACUUUAGAUUCAUUGAUGAUUAAAUGAUCACCAAACUGCUGUUAUUUUAGUAUCGAAGACUCCGGAGAAACAUGCUGCAAACACACAUCAUGUCUUAAACAGGAGGAACAGCAAAUAGAAACUGUCUAGCUUUAAUAUGAUUCUGAAUUUAGUUUUAAGUAACAGACUUCUCAUCCGAGCAAUUUUUCUUCUAUCACACCAUGAAGAUUGAGGGCCAGAUUAAAAACAAUCAAAUUGAAAGUAAAAAGAAAAAGAAAAAAAAAACGGUUAAAAUCGACAAAAUCAUCGAUAAUAAAAUAGGCCAUGGUUAUUUUUAACUGCAUAAAUAUGCACCACAUGGACGUGUUAAAAUACCAUCUAAAUAAAUCUAUAUAAAGAAACAUUUCGCAUUGUCAUUUUUUUCUAGUACUAUAGAUUUAUAUGCAUUCCUUUUAGCAUUCCUCUCACUGAAUAUGCACAGAUGUAAUGACACGUCUUAUAAAUGAACUUUACUGCACAAAAUCUAAAAAAAAGAAAAAAGCAAAAAUAAGCAGCGAUCACAUAAAAAAAUUAGUUGGUAUUUUAUAUAUAAGAAAAAAUAAACAAAAAACAAAAACAGAGCAUUUAAAAUGUUGCGAAAAGAACAUUUACUACAUACUUUUUAAUAAACAUUUUUAUUGUUUUUUAUUACACAUUUAAGUGUAGAGUGGCUGCAUUAAAACCACUCUGAAUUAUCGAGUCAUGUCAGACAACUGUGCAUGGAGAUUUGCCUUUUCAUUGUAACACUCUAAGUGUGCGAUAUUGUCUGGGUUGGACGUGUGUGUGUGUGUGUGUGUGUGUGUGUGUAUGUGUGUGUGUGUGUGUGUGUGUGUGUGUGCAGCAGGUGUGUCUUUGAAGGUUAUGGAAUACACAUAUGACGAUGACCUGGAAGAGUUGUGUCCUGUGUGCGGAGACAAGGUGUCCGGAUACCACUACGGUCUGCUCACCUGCGAGAGCUGCAAGGUGACACACACACACACACACACACACUGAACCUUGAACGCAUGAAUAAAUAAUAAGACACUUGUUCCUGUUUUAAAUAUUAUGCCAGGUUUAUUAUUAUAACAUGGUCACCCACACGUCCACUCACAGUUUCUCGAUGGUAUGAUAUUGGACCAGUCCCGCGAUAAGAUCUCGAAAAGUCAUGCGUAAAAGCGUCAGAAUAACAAAAACCGUGACGCCGUAUUCACUGUACUCUCAGCUUGAUUUCCUUCCCUGCUCUUUUCUAAGAUGCUGUAUUUUUUCAGGGCUUCUUCAAGAGGACAGUUCAGAAUAACAAAAGAUACACAUGUGCGGAGAACCAGGAGUGUAAAAUAGACAAAACCCAGAGAAAGAGGUGUCCUUUCUGCCGCUUCCAGAAGUGCCUCAGCGUCGGGAUGAGACUAGAAGGUAGGCCACACCUCACUGUUUACAACCUGCUAUCCAAAAAGACACCACUACUCCCUCUAAUUAUAGUCAAAAUAAUAGACUAAUAAUUCAAAAAAUAACAAUAAUAAAGUUUCAAAAAUGUAACUGCAAAAAAAAUCUACUGGAAUUAUUAUUAUUAUUAUUAUUAUUAUUAUUAUUAUUAUUAUUAUUAUCAUUUAUUUUUUAUUAUUUUUACAUUUUAUUUUUAUGUGCACAAAUAAGUGCAGUUACGAACCUUUAUUAUUAUCUAUUUUUUUCAUAAUGUAUCAUGCAUAAAAUUCAUUAAAUAUGUCUUUCUUUCUGAACCGGUGGCCCUCAUAAUGCUUCCUACACAUGGGUUGAGAUUAAUUCCCAGACAGUAAUGCAGGAAAGCACCUGUUUCCGUAGCAGAAAAAAAAAAAAGGACACAUUCUUGACUUACUGAUAAAACUCUGGAGACUCCCCCCUGUUUUAAAUCAAAAGCUCUAUUUAGGCUACAAGAGGAAGGAGAGCAGCACAGACUCGGGGGAAUCUUCUCAGCCCUAAAAAGGGAAGCAAAAAAUGGUCAACAUGUCUGUUGUUUACUCUGCUGGAGAGCUGGGGAUAACUGGUGAAGAACUGAGGAUUUUUGCUCAUGGAGGAGAGUUGUGUACAAUCUUUUUAGUCAUUGGAUUUUAUUUGUGAAUCUGUUCUCUAUUUCUCCUCUCUUGUGUGACAGCUGUGCGCGCAGACCGCAUGCGUGGAGGGAGGAAUAAAUUUGGUCCCAUGUACAAGAGAGACAGGGCCUUGAAGCAGCAGAAGAAAGCUUUGAUACGAUCCAACGGCUUCAAGCUGGAGAGCGCAGCUCCUCCGCCAACCUCUCCUCUGCAGACUGACUACAGCUUCGCCAGCACCCUGCACGGGCUGCCCACCAUCUCUAAAAGUCUGCUCCCCUCCACCCCAAGCACCAUUGCCCCAACAGACUACGAGGCCAACCUCUAUGGACCUCCCUCCUUGGGCAUGGCCAUGCAGUCCCACGUGCCCCUGACUACCCAAUACCAGUACACAGCCUUCCCCAGCAGGGCCAUUAAAGCUGAGUGUCCUGACUACACCAGCUCCCCCGAGUCUCUGACAGGAUACCCCUACCCUGACAUGUACCCCUCUGCCUCGCCACAGCCCCCAAACCUGCCCCCGCUGGUGGUGGAGCUGCUGCGUUGCGAUCCAGACGAGCUGAUGGUGCAGAAUAAGAUCGUGGCUCACCUGCAGCAGGAGCAGAGCAGCCGGGGACGCUUGGACAAGCCCAGCACCUUCAGUCUGAUGAGCCGCAUGGCAGACCAGACCCUGUUCUCGAUAGUGGAGUGGGCCCGCAGCUGCAUCUUCUUCAAGGAGCUCAGGGUGAGUGCCAAACCUCUUUCACCUUUCAUCACCUUACUUCUCCAACUGCUGCAGACAAACCUUUACUAUUUAUCCAGAUUAACUUUUAUUACACCACUUUACAAGGUCUUAGUCCACUAAUGCUGCUUUUUGUCAGAGUAUAAUCUGUGCCUGAUUCAUUCAUGCUCAAAAUCCUGAUUGUCUUCCUCUUGUUGCCUCAGUCCUCUUGGUUUAGGUUGGUCUGGUUAGCUGUCAUGUCCUUUACACAACUGAAAUAAACGCCUCAUUGCCACCCACCCAAGCAGCAGCGCUCCACAGAGUAGAAUCCAGAUGUACUACCAGCUGCACCUGAAAUGCAAAACACACAUGAACAUCUGGAAAUAGUUCAAUAGUAAAGUUCAAAAGCUUCGGCAAGACGAGUCCUCCUGUUCUACCGUUUUUAUCUGUCUAUAUGAGAUUUCUCUAACAAAGUGGUUCAAUAGAGCUGAAAUAAAAACAACAUAGUUAACAACAUCUUCUUUACUCAAAAGGAGAGGAAUAUUUUUAUAUGUGAGUGGGCUGUCAUACUUCAGUUUUAAAAUAGUUUAAAGGCUGAAGGCUCUUUAUUAUAAAAUGUACGCAUUUACUAUUGAGUCAGUGUAGAUUCAUAACCAAACCAGCAAUAAGAAAUAAAGGCAUUUUGCCUGCAAAGAUAAGAAACCCGCUUGUUGUGAAAAGUACGUUUUAUUUGAUGUUAAUUCGAAAUGUAAAAUGUGAUGGUCCACCAAAUGCAACUCAUUUUUGUACAACUCAAAUUAAAAAAAAGUUUGAAGGCCGUAAAAAAUAUUGAACUGAAUUUGAAUUUGUUUCAACAUAAUAUUUAAUUGAAAAUAUUGCAAAGACAACAAAUCGAAUAUUAAAACAGGAGAGAUUCAUGCAGUCGUUUUGAGAAAAAUAUACGUUUAUUUUAAUCUUGAUGACAGCAUCAUGUUUUAAAAGAGUUGGGACAACUAUAUAAGCCGCUGUGACACGCCAGAAAAAAAUGACCCAUUAGGUCGUUACGGAUUGGAGGACUUGUUGCUUCUUUAACAUUUCAGAAUCAGUAUUAGAAUGUGAACCAAGGUAACCAGUUUCUGCAGUUUUGACAGUGAAUGUCCAUUGUUGCCUGACAGGAUUUCAGAUGAUUAACAGUUCAGGGUCUCCCUUGGGGAUAUUAUGUAGUUCAUAAUUUGCCAAAUACGUGAUACAAGAUACAAGUGACAAGUCAAGACUGCAGGUAGGCCACUUUAAAACCUGCACUCUUCUACAACUAUGCAGUUUUUGUAGUUGUACUAGAUGUAGUUUAGCGUUGUCAUGCUGAUGUGAUUACAUAAUUUGGCUAUAAUGCUGCCUCCCCUGCUCUGCAAGAUACCCAUGUCAUGGACACUAAGGGAUCUUGGCCUUUAAAAGAAAUAACAAGCAGCAUUGUUGAUUUCCAUGAUGAAUGUUAAAUAAUGUUUUGUAAAACCACAGGACAAGUUUCCCUGUUACCCUCAGUCCAUCUAACAUGGAAAUUGUUAGUAGGGGCAUCCUGAUACAACUUUUUAAACUUCAGAUACGAUAAACCGAUAUUGUAGCCUUCAGUGCUGGCUGAUACAGAUAUUGAUCUGAUAUUGGCAUGACAAGUUUUGCACUCAGCUGCAACAUUUUUUUUAUACAGUGUCUACCUUAGUACACACUGUUGUUGCAAUUACAUGGACUCUGCAUGCUGGAUCUGGGUGCUGCUAGAUAGAGGUGCUGGAGUGGAGUUUGGAAUGGAGUGCUAGAUUUUAGAUGCAGGCUGAUAUAAUCCAAUAUGUGUCUUUUUUAUGCUGGGAUUGGAUCGAUAAACAAUACCAAUACCACAUCGAGACAUUCCCAGUUGUUAGUGUUUCUUGAUUGUUCUUAUAUGUUUUGCUGGUACAUGCAUUUAUAGAUACAAUGAUAAAGUGUGUUCACAGACAAUGGAUUUCAAAUGUGAUAUUGAGACUAUGCAGUGAUUUCCACUGUAGAUUCAUGUCUGUUUUUGGUCCUAGCUGAGGGCCUGAGGAUCACAGUUAUCCAGUAUUGGUUUUGUUCCUUUUACGCUUAGAUUUAGAUUCUAUGUUGUUCUUGAUGAGUUUGGAAAUUGUCUCAAUAAUGACAGAAACCAACAACAUUUUACUAAAAAUUCAUUCUCACACACGUUUUUAUGCUACAGUUGUCCAUCACACAUACAUUUUAAGAUUUUUUCUUUUUUAUUUCUAAGUAGUAAUAAUCAAUCCUGGUUAAAAACUCUCUGGUACUUUUGGCAGGUACAUCAUGUUCAGGGGCCGACUAUAAGCCAAGAAGCAGCCAAUAUUGUUGGUUUGUUCUUGGCGAAGAUUAUUUCACCAUUCAAGUUUUCUACCAGGAGCCAAAUUCUGAUCCUUUUCAAAACAACAAAGUAAACACUGAAUAAAGCAGCACCACGCUAAAUCUUAAAAAUAAUUGUUUCUCCUUUUUUCACUCUUUAAUAGCCCCAAAUCUUUAAUUUUGGAAUAAGGUACAAUUUCAAACAAACAGGGAGUGUGAAGUGACCGUAUGUGACUGAGAACAGACAGCUGGUAUGAGGUAAUGUUCAAAUGUCUGUCUACCACAGUUAUGAAGAUAUUUAUUCUGUGUGGACAAUAUCGCUUUAACAUGAUUAAACUUACCAUUUUAGUACGCGUGUGCGAUCAUAAUCCUGUAUUGAAAUGCUAUAAUUAACUGCUGUGAUGGAACCUUAUCAAAAGGACACAUAAAGUUGUAUCUAAUCUAAUCUAUUACAUUUUCAAAUAUAUUGAUGAUUUUACACCAAAAAUCGAUUUUGAAAAAACAAACAAACAAACAAACAAAAAAAAAAACACUUCCUUUGUACAAACCAGGCUGUUAAGCUGCGUUUGUGGUAAAAGGUCACUCUGCAACUUUAUCAAAAUUAGCUGACUCAGCUGUAAUUUCUCACAUUGAGCAGAAUAUUUCCACUGAUGGUGAAGUUGUAACAGGGUGAACAGGACAAUAUGACCUGCACCUUGGUGAAAUUCUCUGCUUUACCACUGUUGGCCUGUGACAUUUUUACACAACAACUUGCCCUUUAACGUCAGUGAAUCUAACGCCAUGUUCUGUUACUUGUUUACUUCAUUUGCCGUUUUCAGUUUUGUAGAUUGUCAUUAAAAACCGCGUCUGUGUCUUCAGCCUUACUGGAUUUUUGUCUUCUGUUUUGGUCUCAUGAUUGCUCCACCAUAAAUAACUUAUUCUUCAAUAAAUGUUGCUAUGUGAUGAUCAAUCAGAAUGAAAUGCUUUACACAGAGUAAGUGGAUUGUUGCACAGUCUUAUAACACUUAUUUGCUCACUGUGGGUUAUGCUUCAGUGAUGAUUAAGAGGACUAUAAAAGGACACGAUCUUGUUUUAUUUCUGUGAACUGCCAGUGUAAUCUUUAUCUUAUUUAAUUUUAUCCAUCAAUAAUAUGGCUGAAUGCAACGCUCCUCAUGGUAACGUAGGAUGUACAUUCUCCACUGGUGAAUCAGGCAGCUUAUGCAACAAUGAAAAAAUACCUACCUUGCCUUGGUGAGUCACUCUAAAAUCUGCCUGCGUCGACAAACAUCUGUCAACAAGCCAUGGUCAAACUGAUUCAACCAAUUAAACAGUUGAACUGCCACAAAAGGAUGAUUGUGGCCUUGGUGAGAUAUGGUUAGACUCUCUUCUGUCUUUCAUCCGGUGCAGUUAACUCUGAUGUAUUCAGCACAGUUUUGCUCCUUUUUCUGCUGAAAAUCAUUCACUUUAAAAUAUACCAAGGCUUUGGCAUGUGGUCAUUGCUACUAGUCAAUGGAUGAAUAACCCAUAACCAAGUUACAACCAAAUGAUUAAAGGAAACAUCUGAAAUGGCCUUAUGUGAUUUUCAAAUCAGCAGAGUUGGAUUACUGAUCAAUAUUUUUAACUACUGGUACAGGCAUAUGAGUUGAUCUGGUGUCGUCUUGUUAUGAUUGCAGCACAAUUGUAUUCUGAUAUAUAUUUCUAAUUGGAUGCUCGAUGAUACUAAACAGUUGAUCAGUUUCAGAAAAAUAUUCCUGAGCACGAAGAUUCAGAUACUUUAAAAGAAUCUGGAGAAAUCUAAGUAAGGAAAAAGGUCCAAAACCAACACUGGAUUACUGGUACUUGCUUUUUUAGGCCCACAGGCAGCACUGCAUUAUAAAGAGAAGUCUCUGUGGUGGAAAUCACUGCAUGCUCCCAAAGUUAUAGCUUCAUUAAUGCUGAUAUAUAGUUUUUGGAACAAAAUAACCAAAAUUACAAUUCAAAACAGAAUAGGAUGAUUGCCAAAUCCUUCUCAACACACAUUCAACUGAAUACACUACAAAGACAAAAUUCCUGUUCAAAAUGAUCUGUUAUUUUUAAAAUAUUCAUUCGGAAUACAUCAUCUUUCCUUUUAACAUCACUCAAUAAGCCUUUGGGAACUGAGGACACUAACUGUUGAAGCUUUGGAGGUAGAACUGUUUCCCAUUCUUGCUUGAUGUAUGACUUCAGUUGUUUAGCAGGGCUUGUGUGGUAGCAGAUGUUGCUCCAAAACCUGUGUGUACCUUUCAGCAUAAUGGUGCACACCCCUGUACCAUCGCCCCUGUGCUGGCUGUUGAACUUGGCACUGUUGUUGGGCUACAUUUCCAUUUCCACUUUGAAUCAGUCCAUCUCAGAUGAGCUCAGGCCCAGAGAAGCCCCGUGUUGUUUCUAGAUGUUGUUAAAUCUGGCUUUGGCUUUGCAUGGGAGAGUUUGAACUUACACUUGUAGAUGUAGUGAUGAAAUGUGUUAACUGGCAAUGGUUUUCCAGAGUGUUCCUGAAUUCACAUGGCGGUUAUAUCCUUUACAGAAUGAUGACUGUUUUUAAUUCAGGGUUGUCUGAGGGGUCAUAGGUCACAGGCAUUCAAUCUUAGUUUUCGGGCUUGCUGUGACGGGCAGAGGUUUCUGAUUCUCUGAAUCUUUAGACGAUAUUAUGGACUGUAGUUGAUGAAAUCCCUAAAUUCCUGUUUUCCUGUGAAUUACAAACAAGUGUUUUUAACCAUUCCUCAAUUUUCCCAGCCUUUUGUUGCCCCUACUUCAACUCUUUUGGAAGCAUCAAAUUCAAAAUGAGUGAAUAUUUACAAAAAAAUAUAUACAUAUCAGUUUGAAUAUUAGAUAUUGCAUCUUUGCUGUGUAUUCAAAUGAAUAUAGGUUGAAAAUGAUUUGCCAAUCAUCGUAUUCUGUUUUAUUCACGUUUUACACAACAUCCCAACUUUCUUGGAAUUGGGGUUUGAAUUUUAGACGAAGACUGAACAUAAUCAAAUGUUUAGUUUGGAAAUAAUAAAAUGAAGAAAACAUGAUUGGAAAUGUAAUUUUUUAUGAAAUAGGUACAACAACUGAAAGGCUCCAGUGUUUGGCUAUUUUUGGUUUCCAUAUCUCACCAAGUAUGGUUUCCAAGCACAAUGGAGAUCCUGAAUGUAACCUGUGGCGGAGCAGAUUAGGUGUUUAGCAUAAUCUAUCAGAAUGAUAGGAAAAGAACCCUCCUUUGUAGUAAUCUGGAGUUAAUUCUCUGUCAUAAAACUCAUAAAACACACUCUGAAACUUCAAGUCUAUUCAGUAAAAGAAUGUUUAUUAAGAUUUGUGAAGGAUUUCGUUUUUUUCUGAAAUGUCUUGCUUUGCCAAAGAAUACGUAUAGAUUAAUCUCUUUUACUAAAGCAGAAAUUGGAAACAUAUGAGAUGUGAGACAGCAGAUAUUUUUUGAUAAACUUCCCAAUCAAGCUUUUGAAAAUUAUUUUUCUUAAAAUUAAAUUCAACAAACGAUCAAUCAAACAAACUAUUUGUCUAAUCAACAAAAUGAAUAAAUCUGUGAAUCUUUACUGUAAACACUGAAUGUGAAAUACUGUAAUUAAUGAUGUUGUGACACAGGCAGGCUGAUGGAAAGAAUUUAAUCAGCAUUCGAAGUGAUUUCAAAAGUUUUUAAAUUCAGAGAUGGUAAUUAUUUUAGCAUUGUUAGAUUCCUUAAAGUUCACAUAUACAACCAGCAUAUAGAAUCAACAUGUACAAUGUUCCAAAUACAGGAUGAAUCUGUGAAGUGAUUUCUCUUAUUUUGAAAUAAAUAACCUUUAUACUGGCAUGUGUCAGUGACCUGUGUCAUUCAAUAAAUCCCUGAGAAAACGAAAUAAUCAGACAGUGAAAGUAUCAUGGGAAAAUGGUCACAUUCAGAGUGUUUUUUUUUCCCAUUUCCACUCUAUUAUAACGGCUGUGCAGCCUCAUUGUGUACAACACAUUUUACUGAUUUAUUCCUGUUAAAGGCAGAUUAUUAUUUUUUUCUCACUGUACAAUCAAACAUGGACACUGAGAAUGAAGUGUGUAUAUUUUGCCAGGAAAGCCUCACAGAAGCAGAGCUGUUUCCCUGCACUGGAUAAUUACAUUCCAUGCAGCCGAUAACAGGGAAAUGUGGGCUCUCCUCUGCAGCUCUGUGCUGCACUCGUCUACAUUGUUGUUAAAUCAUGAACAGAAUGGAAGCUAUUGAUUGCUGCAGUUCACCAGAGGUGGCCUUUGUCCUGUCUUAUGAUUUGCCCUCCAUUCACCUGUUGUUGAACAUGGAAGAUGUUUCCCUGUAAGUGCACACAAUGAACAUCAUAAAUGUUCUGCUGCUAGAGGCACCGUACUUAAAGCAGUCAAUUAGAAAAAAAAAAAUAAAUCUCUGAAGAGUUUUACCCAAAAAUAGAUGCCAUAGAUAUCUACUUUAAGCCACAGGACUGAGCACCAUCAGAAAAUGGACAAAUAGUUAAAAUAUUGGAGCUUGUAACAGACAGUAGAUAUUUCUCUUUUGGGUAUGAGACUAACAAUGAUCUUCUGGCUUUGUUGAUUCCCCUGACAUGCUGACAGAGCAGCAAACAAUUGUGCUGAAAAUGAAGCAAAAAUGCAGGAAAGUGUAGUUUAUUAAGAGUCCACUUGAGGCUGGCUGCAGUAGCCAAUGACACUACAUCAGGUACCAUAAGAACUGAAAUGCAUUUUCAAUUCUUAUCAAAGCUAGGAGUUUUAUAUCUGCAUAAGGGGCAUAGUUGAGUUGACUGACAGGUUAGCAUGUCAUUGUCCUUUUUUUCUGGAGGCUAAAAGUCUGUCCCAACUCUUUCCCAAGAUAAGUGCCAUAACAGUCUUUGCUUACCUUGUUCUUUUACAUGCUUACGUAGUGUCAUUUGUCAAAAAUUAAAAAAAAAUUCUAUAACACUUUAUUUGAUAGGCACCUAUUGACACUUCACGUGCAAUCAACAGAAAUGUAGUCAACAGUGUGUUAAGUUAUAGGUGCAUUUUCAAUUUCCAUCAUUUUGUAGUAAUUCUCUUCUGACCGUCAUUGCGCUUUUGUGCGAUAGAUUGUUGAGUAAUAUUCAGCAAAUUAUCAGUGUAUGGUCAACUUCUUCUAAGUACACUAAAUUGAUCUGAAAACCAUAAACAUACUAAGCCUUUGUAGUCACGAGUUAGGAGUAUCAAUUUAAAGUGAAAACUGCGGACAACAGUACAACCCACUGUUGACAUUUAACCAAAUAUGCACGGAUAGCAUGUCAGAAGGUGGACUAUCCAAAUAAAGUGUUACCGAAAAAAUCUUAUCCUGCUGACUUUUGACAGUCAAAUGCUUCAUAGAUUGUGAAUAUUUUAUGUGAAAAUUGAAAAAAAGAGCUGUUUCUUUAGCUGCUUGACUUACACCUAUCCUCUCACAAAGGUUUAAAGAAUAAAAAAUAACUUAACAUUCACCAAUUUUGAUACUUGCUUUUUUAUGUCUUGACAAGAAAUCAAUAAGAAUUUCAGUCUAUUUUAUAAACAUUUAAAAAAUCCUUGGAGAAGCUUUAAGAUGCAAAAGCAUUGAGUGUUGUAGUGAGUGAAUUUUCAGUAAACUGUGCAAUCUCAGUUUUUUUGAUAUUUAUUUUGAUAUUUUAUUUGACAGAUAGAUACGUACAUACAUAAACACAUCCAUACAUGCGUAGGAGCUUCCAUAGUAUGACUGUGGGUUGCAUAAUCCUGGGUUCAAAAGACAUACAUUUAGGAUAAUAAUUCCUCUUGUUGCUUUGAUAACAUUAUAACAUAUUUAACCUAAAGUUUGAUGUAAAAUAACCAAACAUUUGAUGUAACUGUAUCUGUAUUCUUUGGUUAAUAAGGAUAACAGCAUUACAGUAAAUUUGGCAGUUAGUAGAUUUCUGGGAUUUAACUGUCUUACACUCCCAUCCCAUCAUGACAAGAUAAAUGCAGAGAUGGAUGGUGGGAAAUACUCAGACGUGCUCAGUGCCAAAACUCAUCAAUGCUUUCUUCUCUGAUUUUAUCUACUCUGCUUUAUCAUGUUUGAGCUCAUCCAGAUGAGGAAAUUGUAAAUAACCACUGAUUCUUCCACCGCUGGCUAGUUGACAGCACAGUCUACAAUCUUCCAGCUCAGUGUUUAUUUCAUCUUUGAACCAGACUGACCAUAAACACUUUUUUAUUUUCCCUGACAAUCCUUAAUAAUGUUACUUCAUGACGGUCAGAUAAAAUACGACUCCCACAGGGAAAACAUGACACCUGACAGGUAUAUAACCUGAUGUAUGAGUUGAACCCAGCUCUAUGCUGUUACAUGGACGGACAGAAACAUUAUGUUGGAGAUUAAAUAAAGCUCCUCUCCCCACCCUCAUCUCGUUAAAGCGUUUUUCAGAGAGAUUCUUGGGCUGAGUGUAACUCCUCUUGGAGAGGAAGCACAGGAGGUCGCUGAGACCUCUUGCUUCCUUAACCCCCUCUUUUAUCGCCCACACCUACACCACCGCUGCAGUCCAGAUGAGUGUGUGGCCAACAAGAUUGGACCCUCUUCUCUGCGCCUGAUAUAUAGUUUCAUUCAGGUGGACAGUAAUUCUGUCAGCUCUGUGUUAGAUGAAUGUGUGUCUGGGCCUAUUAGCAGCUGCGGCUGCAGAAUUACUGGCUGCCGUGCCCUUCAGUUUACACACAAUAUGACAAGAGAGGGGAGGUUGAUUUGAAAACACACACACCCAUCCCCCCAGAGUGGAGCAGAUGUGACCAGGAGAGGUGAGCGGGUGAGGGAGAGGUGAACAGGCUGAUGAGGUUGAAGAAGAUGCUUGUAAAUACAACACAACACGCAAACAGAUGUAGCACCAAAACAUCAGCGUAGAAAACCUACAAACACCGUCAAGCAUCAGUUAAAGAAAUGAUCUCCUGCAGGCUUAAACUCGUGGUUAUUUUAAUUUAUUUGUAGAAUAAUCAAUCAAAUAAUCUUUCAGCAUGUCAGAACUGUUUGAAAAGGCCAAUCACAAUGUCCUACUCUAAGUGACACAAAGCAUUUGUUUUUUGAGGAGGCAGAUUGGACAUAAGGCCAAUAUAGAAACAAGUGAAGAGGUGUAGCUGAGGCCAAAGGCAAGCCACCUGGCAGUCACAAUACACCCAUCUGUCAGUCAGACCAGCAAAAGCCUCUAAUUAUGGGUCAUUAUGCAGAACUUGUAGCUUAAUUAAUCAAAACGGUUAGGUUACAUUUCAAUUGACCUUAUCACAAAUGAGUUAUAGAGACCAAAACAAGCCUUCAAACACUCUUAAUUUUGUUGCAAAACAGAUAUUUUAACAUGGGUCCUUAGGGAAUUCCUGGGCUUUUGCUGCCAGCCUCAAGUGGACAGUGAAGGUACUGCCAUGUGCCAUAUUUCACCAUUAGAUGUUGCUGAAAGUGAUUUCUCCAUAAAGACUGAAAAAGAGGUACGGAUAUUUGAUGGCUUCCAGUUUUCUUCACUGCUCACUUUCCAUGAAUUUUGCUAAAUCAGAAUUCCCAACUUGUCUGAUGUGAUGAUUAACACGUCUUUUGAAUCAUGUUUUUUCGAAAUUACAAGUUGCUGAAUGUAAGGACCGUAUUUUAUGGUUAUGUUUGAUAGGCAAGACUGGAAAAACUGAGCUGAGAAAUAAGAAGACCUUCAGAAUUAAGACAGGAAUCCUUAAAGGAAACCUAUUUCACUCAUGGUCACCAUCAUCAUGUUAGUCUGGGACACUUGUAAUGUGGCUUUGCAGGAUUUACUGAUCAAAAAACUUGUAUAUCUUGUACUGGCACCUAGGGCAACUCGAUGAACUCAUAAUCACAAUUAUUUUGACAAUUACCAAUGAUUGGACAUCUGCAUUACAUGUGCUGAUGCAACUUAAAACCUCUUGAAACCAAAUACUCUUAAAAAAUACAACAAGAGGGAAAACAUUGUGUAGCCUACCUCUGCUCAUCAUGUCCAUCGACUUUUCAAACACGUUUGCCUCCUCCCGCUCCUCCACCUGUGGCUGCCUGAUGAUUUGUUACUGCCUGUUGCCCAGCAUGUUGAAUAUACAGUGAUCCACCAUUAGUCUUUGCUUUCUCUCACUUCCAAACUUUGUUUCAUAUUAAUCCCAGCUGCUUAUGAUAAAGUGAAAGAGCUGUUUAAAGAAAAGGGCAGUGUUCAUGUUCUGCUGUCAAAGAAGAGAAGGUUUGGGACAAAGAAAAAAAGCAAAUAUUGGAGUUUUUCAAGAAUCUACUGGCUCGGCAUAUUUUUACCUCAAGACUCUAUUUCAACUCUAAAAUGUAGACACAAGUCUUGUCUAUUGGUGUGUUAAUAUAUCUUUCGACAGGUAUUGUAGUUUUUGAUCACUCACUGUUUAAUGAUCAUGAUCAUUUUUGGAGUAAUUUUGAGAUUAUAAUGGGUGUGUAUUGCAUGGUGGAAUCUUCAUCGGCUAGAUUGAGAGAAGUUGCAUGAAACUGUCUGAAACUUUUCUCUUUCCACACCCCUCAUGGCCACAAAUUACACUCUACACACACAAUUUUUUCCACAGUUGAAGGCACACUUGUUCUGUCUCUAACUAUGUAUUCAUCUAAGCAGAGAGACUUACAGAAUUUAAACACUGAGCCUCUAAGUGUGGCACUGUCUCUGUCUGCUCCUCAUUGACGUUAAUACAAACAUUUUCUGAGCUAAGCAAAAGGGACUCCUGUGUGUCCAAACUAUUUACUGUAGAAACACUCAAAUCAUACCAAAGCAUUCAGGAGGUCCUUAAAAUGAUCACGGUCUGCUUUUUUUUCUGAUAGGAGCUACGGUUUCGUAAGAAUAAGCCCAAAUGUGAGAACAGCACAGAGGCAAAAAAUCGCCCUUUUUCUCGACAUUUUACGGUGUGUCUUUCAUUAUGGUCAACCAGCCUCAGGCCAGGCCCACAGCUGAGACCAAUUUACUAAUAAGGGACUGCAUCCCUGAAUCACUUUUAGGGCAAAUUGAAUAACGAUAAAACACUGACUCUAUAUCAAAAUCAAAAUUAUCUCUGUUUUCUCAGACAAAAUUUCCCUUCAGGGAUCAAUAAAGUUUUUCUUCUACUUCUUAAAUACUAAUAAACUGCACCCUAAUAGGAGACUAGGAGAUGGAAUCUGUCAUCUGUGGUUGAUUACAUCCAGGUAGUUUAGCAUUAUUGGCAUUAUAGCAGCAGCGUGACAACCUAGUGUAGUGGAGGGUGGCUAAACUACAGCGUAGAUGCAACAUUCAUUUAACCAAGCAAUUUUGGUGCAGAUUAGCAAGGGUAAUAAUACUUUAUUGUUAAAUAAAGUUUAAUGAUCACAUAUAUAGUCACUGCUAUAUCUUUAGGUUAUCACUUUGGGGACAUGAUGACUUUUAAAGGUUUGCUCUUUCAUACAUGUGUACUGUUUGUAAAGGUCCACAGAAGAGUAUUGUAAACCAGCAAACAAAAGGGGAACAGCUACAGUGAAUGCACUAACUCCAAAUUUAAUGUGUUUGUGUGUGUAUGUGUAUGUGUGUGCUUCCUGAAGGUGGGAGAUCAAAUGAAGCUGCUCCAUAACUGCUGGUCUGAACUUCUGGUCCUGGAUCACAUUUUCAGACAAGUGCAGCACGGACAGGAAGACAGUAUCCUGUUGGUGACCGGCCAGGAGGUAACAACUCCCUCACACACACUUCCCAUCAGCCCUGUAUAAAACAUGCUCCAUUUGAAAAGUAGUUCUUAAAUCUCUGAGGCUUUGUGUGUCAAAUUCAAUCUUAACAUAUAAAGAACUUUAGUUGGAUGAUAUUAGUAAUGUGUCUGCAUUUAUAUUGAAAUCACUAAUGAGUUUGGGGAUUUUGGUGUGUUUUUAAAUGCACUUAAUGCUUUACAUUUACUUUUAUUUGAUAGAAUUCCUCAUAAAAAAGAUUGAUAGAGACAGUGCUUUAGCAUUAGCAGCAGUUUAAGACUUGAACAUUUACCAUAGAAAAGAAAAGGAGAAUAGUUUCACUCCUAUAGAUGAAAAGAAAAAAAAUGGGAAAAAUGCCCCUCACAUUUAUUGCUUACAAUAGCCUUAGUCCUAAUUGUACAAUUUUUCUUCAGCGCUGAAAAUGUUGACCUCCUUAGUGUUAAUCUUUAAGUACCGACUUGAUUCUUGACAUUUGGAUUUUAUCUUCAAAAUGUACUUUACUUUUAAUAUUCCUGCUUUAUGCAUCAUAUUUUUGUUUUAAAUGUGACCAUUCAAAGUUUACCACUCAAUUGUCGAUUCAUAAGUCUUUAUCCAUAUCGCACAAAUUCACAACAAAUGUUAUCUCAAGGCACUUCACAAUAAAGAGCUACUCUAGACUGUACUCUUCAAUUAUAUUUACAAAGAUCCAUCAUCAAGAUGAUAUACGAUUGAGCCCCAUCUUGUAAGAUCAGACCCACUCCUACCAGUCUUCAACCACAUGAGUGUAGCACUUAGCAAGUUACAGUGGCAAGGAAUAUCGUCCUUUUAACAGGCAGAAAUCUUGAGCAGAAUCAGACUCAUGGAAGACAGUCAUCUGCUGAGAUAUGCAUUGGGUAAAGAAAUAGUAUAGGGGGAGAUGCAGAAAGAGAGAGAUGGACAGAGAUGACCAACAGCAACAAUAGUGCAUACAGACAUAUGGUUACAGUGCAUCUAAAGUCAUUUCUGGCACUAAUAUCAAAGGUUUCACUUAAUUUUUGACACCUGUUGGAUUUUAAAUUUCAAGUUAAAAAAACAAAAUUAAACAUCUCUGACUUUGGAUUUGCUUUUGGUGGGUUACAAACUAAAUAUUUGCCUAGUUCUGAUUAUUUUGAUUCAGAAUAUCAUGAUAGUUAUUUUUUAUGCUUUGACAUCUCCCUUAACUAUUUAAAAUUAUUUUGAGCACUUUGGUUGUAUUAUGACAUUUCUAUUCUGUAAACAUUGAAUUUUUAGUUGACAUUUUGCUCUACUCUUUGCAAUUCAGCUUAGUCUUCUAAGCUUUAUUUUCCCCUUUUCAUAAGAAAUCUCACCAUUUCUUCAAAUUAAUCUUAGUUUUGUUUUUGACUUGGCUGUUUUAUCCACCAAACAAUUGAAGAUUGCUUUUAUUUUGCUUUAAUUAACAAAUUCUAACAGUUAUGUUACAUUUUGACUGACUUUUGCCGUGUUCUUGGCAUUUAAUUUCUUUAUCCUGAACAUUUUGACUGGACUAUUUUUUUGAUGCCACAAAACGGUAGACAAAUUGCAUUGUUUUUUUCUCAGUUCUGGCCCCAUACUUCAUUGUAAAUUGAAAAGUGAGAGACAUUGUUAGUAAAUCAUUCAAUAAUUCCUUCACUUCCCCUCAUUCGUCAGUCCUCUGAAUCUUAGGGGCUUUAAAAAUCACCAGUUUUCUGUCCUCAGGUGGAGCUGUCAUUCAUCCUGUCUCAAGCUGAGGCCACUUUGUCCGGUCUGGUCCAGAGAGGUCAGGAGCUGGCAGCAAGGCUGCGGGUGCUGCAGGUGGACCGCAGAGAGGUUGCCUGCAUGAAAUUCCUCCUCCUGUUCAACCCAAGUGAGUCCACCUUCUGUAUGCUUUUCAACACGCAGAUGAAAAGUGUUUCAUUAAAAAAAUGGCGCAUACUCUGGGGUUAUUAUAAUAUAUAUAUUAUAUAUUAGAUAUAUUAUUCUGUUUAGAGUAUGGGUUUUCUCCUUUAAACAUUUUGAGUUAGAACUAAUCAACCUUUAUUGACCUUUCUGCUAAUAACUGUAUUUUUGAAGGCUCGAACAUACAUGCGCAUUCUGCCUCUGAGGCUUUAGAAGAAAAGAGUGUUUGGAUGUAAAAAUCCAUCACCUUGGUGCAUGGGCUGCAGGGCCAUACUGAUGCUGUCCUUUAGCGGAAUUUGAAUAGCUUGACUGACAUUUUAAUGGAAUAAAAUGUCACAAUUGCAGAUUAUCUGUGCUACCUAUUAAUUCAUAAGGUUACAAGUGUUUUCCAAACUGGCCCUUUUUUCCCUCCGAUAAAUUCACUUAAUUAAAUUUCUAGGGUUGACAAAAGCCAAUAUUAACAAAGACCUCCUCUGCUAUUGUCCACUAAUGGCAUUCAAAAGAAGCGUAAUGGAUGGCUCUAUCAUUCGAUGGCAGGACUAACAUUCAUGUGGCGGUUUGUGCAGAUGGAGAGAGCAUAGAUGUGGCUUGCCCAGAUUCCCAGAAGUGUUUGCUGUUUAGCGCUGGCAGAGCAGGAACAAAGAGCUUUUGAAUGGUGAGAGCACUUGUCAUAGGCAGAAAAUAUUUUCUGUCUUUGCCUGUGGCUGCUUUGCUUGCUCUCUUCCUCGUCUUCAGAGUCAGGUUUUUCGGGGGUAAUUUAAUUGCCCUUAAGCAGUUUGAAAAGAUGAUUCAGAACACUGAUUCAAAACAUUUAAUUACUGUAUGAAUGGAUUCUCUGAGCUGGGCUCAGCUGAUGCUGAAUGCUGGUCCACUGGAGAGCUUGGCCAUUGUCUCGUGUACACACUCUCUCACCCACACAGCAUGCACUCCCAUAUUUCUGACAUAAAGUAUGGAUAUAGCAUAUACUGUAUAUUAAACCUGUACUAUAAUGAAAUGUGCUGUAUAGAAGCAUUGGAUAGAACUGCCUCAUUUGGUCUGCAAGUUUUUCAUUCAGCUUAUUAAACAAAAAAAUGUACAUAUAGUGAAAUUAUUUGAAGAAUUUCUGCAAACGAAACAUUGACAAUAACUGUUUGUACAACUUGAGUACAACUAUAUCAUUUAUGAUAGGGUUCCAACCAAACCAACAAGUCGGGACUAGUCCCCAACCAAAUGUACAACAAAUCCAGUUAGACAGGUAAAUGAUCAAGUAUCAGAGACCAACCAUGAAAAAAAAAUUAUACAAAAGAGAUUUUCAUUUCUGAUGGUAAAUUUGGGAAAAUAAAGUUGUAAAUUUAUGAGAAAGAAAAACUCAAAUUCUAGUCUACCAUUAAUUUGUAUGUUAUUUUAAAGGGUUAGAUAAGGAGAGCAGCCAAGAGCCUGAACAUGUUCAGGAUUGUUUACCCUGUUUUAGCAUGUCAGCACAACAAAGUCGCAAGUAUCAGGAUUGUGAAUCAGUUGCAGAGAAACUGUGUCUGUUAUGACCAAGGCCAAGCUUAGAAGUAGCCUACACACCCUUUUGCAACCAUUGCUUGUCCUCAGCUGUUGAGUGUAACUUCAUGAGGUCAUCCAUAUUCCUCAUUUUAGUGUAGACGGCUUGCUGCUUGGCUGAUACAACACCUACAUGUUCUUGAAGCCUACAGAAAGAUUAGCCAUAGCCCAAAAGCAGGACCUACCUUAAUUCUGAAAGCAUACUUUUAACAAGGUGUUGGAGACAUUUUUCAGAGAUUCUGUUCAUAUUAACACAAGAGCAUCACCACGCAGGUGCUGCAGAUUUAUCAGCUGCACACCCAUGAUGCUAAUCUCCCAUUCCCUCACAUUGCUAAGGUGCUCUACUGGAUGGGGAUCUGGUGACUGUGGAGGCCACUCGAGUACAGUGAACUCAUUGUUACGUUCAAGAAACCAGUUUGAGAUGAUCUGAGCUUUGUGGCGUGGUGUAUUGUCCUGCUGGAAGUAGACAUCAUUGGAUGGUACACUGUGGUCAGAAUGUAGUCAGAAACUAUCCACCAUACCAUUAAACACCACUGCCAGCCUGAACCGUUGAUACAAGGCAGGAUGGAUUCAUGCUUUCAUGUUGUUUAUAGCAAUUCUGACAUCUGAAUGUCAUAGCUGAAAUGAAGACUCAUCAGACCGGGCGAUGUUUUUUAAUCUUCUGUCAAAUUCUAGUGAGCCAGUGCAAACUGUAACCUCAGUUUCCUGUUAUGAGCCAACAGGACUUGCACCCUAUUCCUAACCCAUCUGCUUCAAGAUUUAACAUGUUGUGUAUUCAGAGAUGGUAUUCUGCAUACUUUGGUUGUAACAAAUGGUUAUUUGACUCACUGUUGCUUUUCUAUUAUCUCAAACCACUCCGCCCAUUCUUGUCUGACCUCUAACAUUAAAAGGCAUUUUUGUUUACAACUGGAUAUUCUCUCUUUCUUGGACCAUUCUCUGUAAACCAUAGAAACGGUUGUGAGUGAUACUCCGAGUAGAUCAGUUACUAAAAUACUCAGACCAGCCCAUCUAGCACUAAAAACAAACCACGUCUAAAGUCACUUAAAUCCUCUUUCUUUCCCAUUUGAUGCUCGGUUUAAAUUUCAGCAAGUCCUCUGAACCACAUCUACAUCCUUAAAUGCAUUAGGUUGCUGCCAUGUGAUUGGCUGAUUAGCUAUUGGUGUUAAAGAACAAUUGAACAUGUGUACCUAAUUAUGUGAUCUGUUAGUGUAUGUUGAACACAAUCUGUCCGUCUGUUUGAUUUUGGUGACUUCUGUUCUCUUGUUUCUACUUUAUACAUGUUUACAACUUUGUUCUUCAAAAUUUUGGCUCCAGUCUUAUAAAUUGUUGUUCAUUAUUAACAUCAUUUUCUGAGAUGUCAGACUUUUUAUUAUUUUUUUUGAAUAGCUUCAAUCUUAAACUAUACAACUUGAGUCCUUUUAAUUUCUGGAUUUAUUCUUGUAGAUGGAAAUUUUUUCUCUAUUGACACAAUCCUGGGAAUUUCAAACUUUAAUCUUGUAAAAAAAAUUUAAGUUAAUAAAUUGGCCAUUAUUGCUUUUUUGAAAUAUGCACCUUUUUCUCUUACAGCUGACAUUUUAAAAAUGAUGACUCUAAAUAUAAGUUAUAACAUUAUAAAUUUAAGAUUUAUAAUGUUAUGACUUUAAUCUCAGAAUCUAUUUUUUUAUAUCUUGUUGUGGUUCUGAUCAUCUUUCUUACAUUCAGCAAUUAUUUAAUUUUAAACAUCAAAAAUCAAAAUAAACAACAAAAAAUGUAUUUCAUUUUUAACUCAUGUAUGCUUCAUGAGUUUAGGAGGGUCAAUCUUCGGCAGCUUUAUUAAUGUAUUAAUUUUUAAAAGCAGUAUUACUUCUCCAUGGUAUAUUUCAGCGGUUGGUAUUUUGGCAUUAAUAUUAAAAAUCACAAUAGAGGUCUGUGUGUUUGGAUGCACAUUACAAAGCCAAAAGUUGAUUUUGCUUCAUAAAACCGAUUCUCAUCCUCUGUUCUAUGUUCAUCCUGUGUGUGUUUGUGUGUUCAGAUGUGAAGCUGCUGGAGGACCAGACAUUUGUGGAGGGUGUUCAAGAGCAGGUGAAUGCAGCCCUGCUGGAGUACACUCUGUCCGCUUACCCUCAGUUCCAGGAGAAGUUCAGUCAGCUGAUGGUGCGUCUGCCGGAGCUGCGCUCACUCAGCACCCAGGCCGAGGACUACCUGACCUACAUGCACCUGAACGGAGAGAUGCCCUGCAACAACCUGCUCAUCGAGAUGCUGCACGCCAAACGAGUGUGUGUGUGAGGGCUGCUCUACCAUCACGUAUUGUCUCUCUAGGUGAGAAAGUGUGUGUUUGUAUGUGUGGGAGGAUGUGUGAGUUUGAAGAAAAAAAAUUCAGAAAAAGAACCACAUUAUAGGUCCUCCUUGAGGGCUUUUGCUUGACGUAAAAAGGAGAAAAUGUUCUUUAGAGUUUGGGAUUAUAAAGCUCCAUCUGUAUCAAGGUAGAUUUUCAAACUGAAUGUUUUCAUACCCUGCAGUUUCAUAAGUGCGUCCUUUAUAAACUGGAUUUUGUACCCUGUUUUCAAAAAUCUGAAAUUAGGUCUGCUUGUAGAUUUAUAUGAUAUCCUAUUUUGACCAUACAUCUCUAUAUCACUGACAUCCAAGCUGCCCAGCAAACAUGCAGACUGGGAGGAUGACACUUGAUAGCUUGCAUUGAAAUCAUGUUGUCAAGGAAAGGUGUGACAUGUGACAGCUUCUACUUGCACAUCCAGACUUUUUUCUCUGUGUAGUUUUGAACUUUGAAAACUUUGACAGGAGUUGCCAGAACAUUGAGAAGACUGUUGCCAGGUGAGCAGAUGUUGUAGCAACACAGCUUCACCCUCAACUUAACAAACAUGGCAGCUGAUUAAGCCUGAAGAUUUUAAAGGUGAUGAUUUAGGUACAGCUCUUGUAACAGAAAUGCACCUGCAGUACUCUACAGCUAAAGUACAAUGUUAGUCUCUAAUGUCAAAAUAAAGCUUGCUGACAUUCCAAAAAUCCAAAAAUCAACACAAUUGCAAAUGUGGAAACAAAUUUGUCCACACCCAUGAAAGAGUAUUGGAAAAAAAAUCAUUAUAAUAAUAAUAAUGAUGGCACUUUGACAGUCCUAGUACCAAUACUAUCAUUUCUAUCAUACCAGUAUGUACUGUAUAAAAUCUUUAAAAACAAAAAAAAAGCCAAAGUUAUUAGUCCGUCUUUGUUUUGAUUUUUGAAAAAAGCAAACCUUUGGAAAAUGUCAUUAUUAAUUGUGGUGACAAACUGUGAUCUCCUGAAUUAUAGCACUGUGUUUGUUUGACCCGGCCUUCACCCCCCACCCACCUUUCACACAGUUCUCAUCAAUCCAUAGACGAGGAGGUCAACUUCCAGAGAUCAGGUCAGAGGGUUACCGAUGGCAUACGUGGUAGAAUCCUUCAGAAAUCAAAAGUUUAUAGACACAGAUGAAGCAUUUCGAUCCAAAUUUGGAAUAUUACAAAACUUCUGCUUAGAUUAUGAGUUAUUUACUAGACAUACUAUUUUUAGCAUUAAUAGUAUUACACCUUAGGCUAGAUUUGUGUCUAUCUCUACACAUUUCAUUUCAUUUCACAUAUUUUAUAUAGAUGUUAAUAUAUCUAUAUUUAAUUCCUAUUCUUAAAAGCUUUGAAAAUAGUGCAAAGAAAGAUAGCCAAGUGUUGGGACUUAAAAUUUGAUUGUUUAAAAAAUUAAAGACAAACUGUAUUUUAAAUUUGAUGCAAAUGACGUGGUUAAGAAAAGUUGGGUAUGGGACAAUAAAAUGCUCAAAAGGCAGCAGCUGUGUAAUGCUUAAAAAAUACUCCCAACCAGUGCACUUCAUUUGUAACAGGUUAGUAGCAUGAAUGGGUUUAAAAAGGGCAUUCAAGAAAAACUGAGUGAGAGCAAAAAGGUCCUCAGCAUGAAGUUUUAAAAGUGUUUGUGGACUUUAUCAGCUACUUCACAUUAAAUCAUCAAGAAUUCAGAGAACUGGGAGAAAUCUCUGUAUAAAAGAGACAAAGCUGAUAGCAGGUAUUAGCAGGAUAGCAGGUAGGCUCAAAAUCACUUGAUAUGGCAUAUAUACAGGUUCAAACUGUACCACGCAAAGAGGAAACCACAUAUGAACAUAAUCUGGAUAAACUGGUAACUUUCAUGGGCUUUGGCCAAUUUAAGAUGAAAUGGAAUUUGACUUUUAAGAGGCGAGGGAUCACCCAGCUUGUUAUCAGGGUACUCUACAAAAGCCAACAUCUAUGACUGUAUAGGGGUGCCCAUGGUGUGGGUAGCUUACAUACAUAUUAUGCUGGUACCCAGACAAUGUCAGUUUCAGGGAAGACCUUGCAUCAUACCUCAAGAUGAUACCAGGCUAUAUUUUGUCUCUAGGUCUCCAAACAUUAAAAGUAUACAUAUAUAUUGCUAAAAGAGCAGUUAGUGUAAGAAAGUUUAAAAAUUUCAACAUGUUACUGGGACCUUUUUGUUUGUAAAUUAAAUACAGACUCUCAGUGAUUUGUAUACUAAUAUCAGAUUUUCAUCAGACUGUUUCCAAGAAAAAGGGGAGUCACAAGAUAAAACUGCUCAGAAAUGCUUUUUUGAGAAAAAAACAAAGACAGGAGAAAAAAAGAGAUAACGUCAUAGAAGUAUGAAAAUAAGAAGAUAGAAAUAGGAAUAAAUAUGUUGCUUUUUUUUUCAUAAUGUAAAAAUACAUCGAUCGGUUUCAGGUUCCAUUAUUAAACUUGUGUCAAUCAUAAGUAAACCUUUUAAGAAACAAGACCAUAAAAUAUUUUUGUCUGUUUACCCUCACACUCAACACAUUUAACACGCUGAAAUUACAAAUAUUGAAGUAUUUUCUGCAACAUGUAUGAUAACUGUUUUACACAAGCCUAUCCCUAUUUAUUUUCUUACUGUCACCAAUCUAAGAACAGCAGCACUGAUAUGUUUGUCUGUCUUAAAUAUUGAAUAAGACGAUUGGGGAAUCAGCACAGUGGAGAUACUCAAAGGAAAAAAUAUGAUGUUGAUAAAAAAACACAUUUUAGGUGGCAUUUAAAACAUAUUUUGCUGUUUAAAUCCCUCAUUUUGACUGAAAAACUGUUAAUGUGUCCAAACAAAUCAGUAGCGACAGUACUGGAGCAGAAAGCUUUGACUUCAUUAUGAAGCUUCAUAAAAGCCUUUUUUUAAACGGCACCAGUUAUCUGAGGACCCUGAGUAGUUUUUGAUGAUUGCAGAGCUCCUGUGUGAUUUAAAUCCAAAAUCAAUCUCUUAGUUUGUCUUUUUUUAUAUAAAGAUGUCCCUGUAUUUUAUGUAAACACUGAGACUAUAUCAUAUUGUAACUGACAUUGUGUGUUCAGGGAGAUUUUGCUGCGUUUUGCAUCCAUAUUGAGGCAGCUCAUCUUGCAGAAAAGUCUAAUGAAUUCCACAGUGCGGUACAUUCUCAACAUUAUCAGAUGGAUAACAAUGAAUGACAGUUUGUAAAAGGCAACUUUUUCUACCUUUCAAAAAGCUCAGUAGUUAUCAUGUUGGUUUUUAUUUAAAGGGAACAGACCGUGGAUAGAGCCUUGACAUCAUGUCAAGAGAAUAAUGUUGUAAAUCGGUGAUAAAAAAAAAAAAAAACAGACCUCUCUCAAACGUCCCAUGCAAAACACAGACAUGAGGAUUCAAUUUCUCAGACUUUAUUUUGUAAAAAUCCAGGUAGUACUUGUCACAUGCAAAAAAGAGAUUUGAUCUAUUUACAUCAAAAAAGGUUUGUGAUUGCCUAAUCUCCAAAACGUAGUUUGCCUUUCAUAUGAAGACAUUUUCUUACUCAACUUGUUGCUGGGCAGCUUCUUGUGUAGGUGUCUUAUUUUGAACCUGACUGCUUUUGGUUGUUUUCUAUGGAAGAUGAGAACGGCCAUGGAUUUUUCUUUUUUUAUGCACUGUUAUCUCAUGGUAACGACUCAUUAUCUCAUUAUCUUGAUAUAACAAUGAUUGUUUUCUCAUGAAAACAAACAAUUUUGCCCUCCUAAAACGGUAAAACUUAAAAAAAAUAUCCUCCAGAGUGAGAUAUUUCUAAAAUGUCGACAAUGCAAGCAGGGUUUUCAAAGAAAUCCACUCAUGCGUUUUACACUUUCAAUGUGGUAACAUUCAACUGCCAUGCGUGAAUCAGACAACAACAGUAACAAUGGCGGACACAUUGUUAAUUAAUUUGUUAUCACGAGAAAACAAUCUUUGUUAUGUCGAGAUAAUGAAAAUAAAAUCAUUUGCUACCAUGAGAUAACGAACUUUAUGUUGAGAUAAUGGAAUAAUAAGUCGUUAUCAUGAGAAAACAGUGCAUUAAAAAAAGAAAGCUCCAUUGCCGUUGUCAUCUUUUGUAGUUUUCAAACAGCAAAAAUGAGUACAACUCCAAAUUUUCAAAUUCAAUUUUGACCAAUUUAUGUCUAAAUCAGUGAAAAAUGAUCGAGAUCGAGCUAAAUCCAGACCUGUGUUACUGUGCGGUCAUGAAAGGUCUCGUUUCAUCACUGACAGUCUUCUGUGUAUUGUAUACUUUUUGAGAAAACAGUUUUCACAGCACACCAGUCACUACCACAGCAGGCCUUAUCAGCCCUGUACACAGUAUCAGACAGCUGACCUUUGGCUCUAAAACACUGGAUUGUGUAUUUGUAGCAGUCAGUGUUUCUCCUUUUUUUCCCUCUUUCUGUGGCACUUGCUGUGUUGAAAAGUUACAAACUAGACUCAGAUUUAUGAGAGAGACCCCCCCCCCCCCUUUUUAUAAAGCACAUGACUCUCAGCGAUGAAGACAAUGUUACUGAUGUUGACUGUCACUGUCAUUACAAUUCGAGCAGUCUGAGUGUGUGCGUGCGUGUGUGUGUAUAUUGUGAAGCUCAACUUUCUCUCUGUGGACGUUUUAAACAGUCUCCAUUCAUGCAUUGAUGUGGCAGGGUCCCCCAUUUUUAAAAGGUAUUGUAGACAAUCACUCCACCUGCCUUAACUUAAUGUCUGCCUACAAACAAACUCACACGCGUAUUAACACACACAUUGUUGGGACAGCUGUGUGUUCUCACUUUGUACAGUAUAUUUAUGUUGUGAAGUGAAUAUCUACUGCAGAAAGAAGAUACCAUUUCAACACAAAAAAAGUUCUCUGCUUUAUGUUGAGGUUGAAUCGCUGAUAUUGUGGAGCUGAAUCUCUUGAUAUUGCUUUGUUUUUCGCUCUUACUUCACGUUUUAUUUUCCUGUGAGUUGACAGUUCGUCCCGUCUUAAACUGAGGUGUUUCUCUCCAAAAAAGUGAAAGUGACCAAAACAAUUUUCUUUAAAUAUAUUUUAUUGUAAUAGCAUCAAACCAAUAAAAUUCAGUGAAGUAAAUA